CCCUUCGCUCGCCUUCUUCAUCCAUCCUCUCAGGAUCCAAGAUGGCGGCGGCAGCGGCGGCUCCUCCAUCGCCUCCUCCCCCUCCGCCGCCGGGGAGCUGCCCGGCUUCGUGCCCCAGCUUCGCCGUCGUCUGCUCCUUCCUGGAGCGCUACGGGGCCCUCCUCGACCUGCCCGAGCUGCCCUUCCCGGAGCUGGAGCGAGCCUUGCGCGGGAGCGGCGCCCAGCAGGUUCCAAGAGAGUUGGUAGAGCUUCAUCUGAAAUUGAUGAGAAAGAUCGGGAAAUCUGUCACAGCAGAUCGAUGGGAAAAAUACUUAAUCAAGAUGUGUCAAGAAUUCAACAGCAACUGGGCAUGGGAAAUGGAGAAAAAAGGCUAUCUUGAAAUGAGCAUUGAAUGCAAAUUGGGAAUAUUGAAGUACCUUUGUGAGUGCCAGUUUGAUGACAAUCUGAAGUUUAAGAAUAUCAUUAAUGAGGAAGAUGCGGAUGCUAUGCGCAUUCAGCCACUUGGCAAAGAUAAAGAUGGUCUGACAUAUUGGUACCAGUUGGACCAAGAGCACAAUGUGAGGAUGUACGUAGAAGAGCAGGAUGACCAAGAUGGGUCCUCAUGGAAGUGCAUUGUCAGAAGCCGAAACGAACUGGCUGAAACUCUUGAGCUCCUGAAAGCACAAAUUGAUCCCGAGCUAUUGAAAAAGCAGCAGCAGAAUGAUUCUUCGCAAGAGAACCCCAGUGUGGAAGAUGGCGAGGCCAAAAAGGGGGAAGCACCGACAGCCCAAGAAACUGAAUUAAAAACGACAGGAGCAAAGCAAGAGAUAAAAGAGGAGCAGAUAAAGCAACCGGAAAAUCUUUCCUCUCCCGUAGUUCCAGAAGAGGAAAACAAGUUAAAAUUGGAGAGAGUGGAGGAGAAAGAAAUUAUAAAACUGCCAGUUAUUGUAAAGCUAGAGAAAGCUUUGGAAAACAAUGGGGAAGUGCAAAAUACCAAAGAAGAAAAGGACUCUUUUAAGGAAAAUGUUAAGCCUGUUAAAGCAGAAGUGAAGGAGUAUAAGCUAGAGCCAAAAGACUUGAAAGAUGUAAAUAGUAUCACAGAAAAAACUGUUCAUGAGCCCGAAAGGACAGAGUUCUGUGUCAGUGUCAAACCUCCCCAGGAAGUUGUGGAAAGGACUGUGGAAGAAAGUGAGAAACUCAAAAAUGACCAACAAGCAAAGAUCCCCCUGAAAAAGCGAGAGAUUAAGCUGACGGACGAUUAUGACAGCCCAUUAAAAGGACCCUUGCGGAAAUGUAUUACCCCAACCAAGGAGGUUUUGAAGGAGGAGGGGAAACAGGAGGAGGAAACUUUUAAAAGAGUCCCUACCAUUACUGAUGGGAAAUUCCUUGUGAAUGGGGAGGUUAGUAGUGAGAAAAUCAUGCCAAAUAAUAAGUUGGACCAUUCCCCCAGCAUGAAGGAAGACACCAGCAGCCUCUCUAAGGAGAAAAAUGGAGUGAGUGGUGAAAAGACGGCAGAGGCUGUUAGUACAAUUGUAAGGACAAGUGACGCAGAGAGAAAUCUCUUGCAUACCGGGAAGGAGGUAACUAGCGUGAUUACUGCGGUCCCUCAUCAGAAAGUGCCUUUAAUGGAGGAAACUGGCCCUAAAGAAAAGGAAAGCAUACUUGUGAGUAAGAGCUCAGAUGUUAUUGUAGAGGCAGCUUCCAAAAUGGAUGAUGGUCUCAAAAAGCAUGUAGAACCCGUUAAAGAAAACGAUAGUUUACUCCCUCCUGAAGGGUGUCUAGAUAAAACUUCUCAAGUAUCUUCCCCAAAGGAGCUGGUUACUCCAACAGACGAAGAGGGUUUGAGAAGUAAAGACCAACCAGCGGAGAAGACAGAUCUACCAGAAGUAGACGUGGCACCAUCUCCAACUCAAAGCCCUCCCUCUGAGAAACCCGCGAGUGAAAAAAAGGGCCCUGACUCCAAAAGCACCGAGGAGGAAAAUGAAAAGCUCAAGGAGGAGGAUUCUAAACCAGAGAAAGGAGUGGAAGCUGAAAAGAGUGAGACCUCCAAACAAGGCAAUGCCCAAAGUUCUGUUGAGGAGGAACCGUUGGAGCCCAAAAAGGAGCCUGCGAAAAACAAGUGCAAAUAUAAGCUGGUUCCUGAAGAAGACAGUUCUCUCACAGAGAACAGGGAAAUCACCUCUGAAAGGCAGAAAGAAGGGAUCAAGCUCACAAUCAGAAUCUCAAGUAGAAAGAAAACCACUGCUUCUCCAAAGAGUCGGAAAGCUGCUGAAAAGGAGGAGGAAGUGGUAAACAUUGGGCGUGUUUUAAGGAGGUCUCCUCGGAUAUCCAAACCUACGCAUAAGAUAGCGGAAACCCGGGAUCCUAAGCCUGAGAAAAAACGAAGUGAGGAAGAAGACGAGAAGCCAGCCCCAGUGCAAAAACAGGAGAAGAAAGAGGACUCCAAAAAGCAAGAGAAAGGGGCAAAUUCUAAGGCAAGCAAGGCUUCUCAGAAAAAUAAAGUUCGGUGGGCCGGUACUCGAACUCGUGGCAGGUGGAGAUACUCAAGCAAUGAUGAGAGUGAGGGAUCAGAAAGUGAAGAAAACUCUGAGGAAGAGGAAAAGGAGGAAGAAGAAGAGGAGGAGGAGGAAGAAGAGGAACCUGCACCUGCUGAUGACGAUGAGCCAUGCAAGAAGUGUGGGCUUCCCAAUCACCCUGAGCUGAUUCUCUUGUGUGACUCUUGUGACAGUGGCUACCAUACGGCAUGUCUUCGGCCUCCGCUGAUGAUAAUUCCAGAUGGAGAAUGGUUCUGCCCACCUUGCCAACAUAAAUUACUCUGUGAGAAAAUGGAAGAACAGCUGCAGGAUCUAGAUGUUGUCUUGAAAAAGAAAGAACGCGCAGAACGAAGGAAGGAACGCCUCGUGUAUGUGGGGAUCAGUCUCGAGAAUAUCAUUCCUCCACAAGAGCCCGAAAUACCUGAAACCAUGGAGGAAAAGAAGAAAGAUCCCAAAAAAUCAAAGGCAAAGCUCCUUGAAAGGAGGUCAACGAGGCAACGGAAAUGCAUCAGUUAUAGAUUUGAUGAGUUUGAUGAAGCCAUUGAUGAAGCAAUUGAGGAUGACAUCAAGGAAGCUGAUGGAGGAGGUGGAGGAAAAGGGAAAGACAUGUCCAACAUCACAGGCCAUCGUGGGAAGGAUAUCUCCACCAUCCUGGAGGAAGAAAGGAAGGAAAACAAGCGGCCUCCAAGGGCCGCAGCAAUCCGUCGCAAGAAACGACGACGGCUGAAUGACCUGGACAGCGACAGCAACCUGGAUGAAGAAGAAAGUGAGGAUGAGUUCAGAAUCAGUGAUGGAUCUCAGGAUGAGUUUGUUGUGUCAGAUGAGAAUGUAGACGAAAGUGAAGAGGAUCAGCAAUCACAUGAUGACAGCGAUAGGGAAUACUCCCGGCGUCGGCCCAGGAGGCACCAUUCGAGGCCAAUGAGGCAAAGCAGGCGGCUGCGGAGAAAAACAGUUAAGAAAAGAUAUUCAGAAGACGAUGAAGAGGAGGACUCUGAGGACAACGCAAGCGCUAACUCUGAAAGCGAAAUGUCUUCAGAUUACAGCGAUGACUUUUUAGAAACCCGGAGGAGAUCUCGGCGGAAUCAGAAGAGACAAGUCAACUAUAAGGAAGACUCUGAAAGCGAGGGUUCUCAGAAAAGCUUCCGAUAUGGGAAAGAACUGAGACGAAUCCAUAAACGCAGGCUAUCCAGUUCAGACAGUGAAGAGAGCUUCACAAGCAAGAACUCCGAAGACGGCCCACCAGCCAAGUCAAAGAGGUCUGUUCGGAAACGCAGCCACAGCUCCGACGAAGACUCCGAAGGUGAGGAGGGGGAGGAGGAAGAGCGGCCCGUCCGAAAGCGUCUGAAUCGAAUCGAAACAGACGAUGAAGACAAUGGCAGCAGUGCCAACGACGAGGCCAAGAAGUCUGUCCCCGCCAGCAAGCCCCCAGAGCCCCAGGCUCCGCCAGACGUCCCCAAGAAGCCCUGCUACCGGAUAGAAAGUGAUGACGAAGAUGACUUUGACAAUGUUGGGAAGGUCGAAAGCCCCUUGGACUACAGCCUGGUGGAUUUGCCCUCCACCAAUGGACAAAGCCCUGGGAAAACAAUUGAGAACUUGAUCGGGAAGCCUGCCGACAAGGUUCCCACCCCAAAGGACAGUACGGCCAAUGCCAACUUGGCGGCCAAUGGGACGAGCAGCGGCCCAGAGGCAGGUGGCCCCGAGGAGGAUGAAGAUGAACUCUUGCGAGUGACUGACCUUGUCGAUUACGUCUGUAACAGUGAACAGUUAUAAGACUUCCAUUUUUUGUGCUAAUUUAUUCCAUGGUAGCUCAUACCAGCGGGCCAGUUAUUAAAAAGGUGUUUUAUUUUUCCUAGAAAACUCUCCACUACAGUAUCACUUUUUAGCAGUCAAGAACUUCACCAGUCCUGCAGUUUGGGGUAAUUUUUUCUCUCUCUCCGCCAACCUGACCCCCUGUGAUGUGACCAGGUUUUUUUGGAACACUUUUUUGUCAAGAUUAAUUACUAUAAAUCCCCUGUUCUCAUUCUCUCCCCUCCCCUUUUUCCGUUUUCAGAUCCUGAACUCCAUCCACGUACACAGACCUUGUAGUAAACAAGAGAUUUGUAUAUUUUUGACUUUAUAUUUCCUGAGUGCACACACAUUUAGAGGUGUUGGGGGUAUGAGGGCUGGGAUCGGGUGGUUGAAAGAAAAGCAUUCCAGGUUGGUCAGGGCCCAAAAUCCGAAUUGGUUGGGUGGGUGAUGGCAAAGGAUUGGGGAAGGGGUACGGAAGCACUUGUGCUCCACCUUUUUCAUAGGAGAUAUAUAUUCUAUUUAAAUGUUCACAACUUAGAUGACAAUUUAACAGGCAAUUUUAAGAAAAUAAUAAUAAUUAUCUUUACUGUUGCAUUUUGUGACUUGUAGAUUUUAACUUAACCAUAGUUCCUUUUAGUAAUCGCUUUCCAGAAAAGCAGCCUUGAUAAUAAGACCCCUGAGGAUUUCCACAGUGGAGAGAGGCGGAGGAAGUACUACGGCAGAAAAGGAUUUCGUGUCAUAUUUUAAUUUGCAGCUCCCUCUCUGAUAAAUGUCUUUUAAAAGUUUUUUGUACAGCGGGAAGUUGUAAACUGUAUCAAGCUUUUGACCGUUUUGAGACUACGCUAGCGAUUCAUAACUGGGCUCUUCUUUUUAAUGUUUUUUUUAAAUCCUGUGCAUUCAUGCACAAUAUCUCUUGAGAGAAGAAGUUGCAGUUUUAGCUGUGAAGAGACCAGAUUGUGCAGCAAAUCAUUUUCGAGAGAUGACAAGUCUCCUGUAAAGAGAGAACUGAUGGCCUUUAAGAUCCCUUCAGUGCUCAUAGUAUCUACUUCAAAUUGAAGUAUGCAAAUGGAGCAGGUGUUUUUUCCUUUUCCUUCCAGGGGUUUGUUUUUGUUUGAGGAGGCAUAUGUGUGUGUAUAUGUGUGUGUGAAAAUCACUAUUAGAGAGACAUUAACUAUACUUCAACUAUCUGAAUUGUUUUGGAAUUUGCAGUAUCCUUUGCUGGCCAAUCAGCCCCUUCAUGUUUUUUAAUAGAUAUUUUAAUAUUAGACAGUUGCCCAAAUUAAUAGCGUGGGAGAGAUAUUUUCUUCAAGAUGUCAUUGUUCUCAGAGACAGGUAACAUAAAACUCGGGGCCUGCUACCUAACUCUACAACUGCUUUGAAAGAUGAUUCUAACAAGAAUGUUAGUUGAGAUCUUGUUCACUGCUAUGCUCUCUAAGCGACUAGGCAGGCUUACAUAAGUUUGCUUUUCCUUUCUUUCUCUUAUAUUUAGUGUAAAACAUGCAUUGUUGAAAGCAUCGGCUUGUGAAGCUUUGGCAUCUGGAAUGGUCCUUCUUCCUUUCGAGUGUCUCUGUUUCUUUAAAUGCUGGGUUUGGGACUUUAUUCUGGUGCUGGGCCUGUUGCUGGCAACGGCCGCACUGGUCUUGCUGCUGGCACUGAAGUGAGAGUUCGCCCUCCCUUCGCCCUCCUUAUGCCUCAGCAUUUUAUUACAUUUUUAGUUGUUUGUUACUAUGCGCUUCUGUAUUUGGUUGGUUUGUUUUUUUUAUCAAGAUUUCAAAGCUGAGUGUUGGCCAAUGCAAAAUACUUCACAAGACAGUGUUGAGAAUUCCUAUUCAGUUCUCUCCCUUUCCCUGUUUUUAUUCCCUAUAUAGCAUUUUAAGAGGAACCAUCAGUUGUCUUGGUGUAUAUUCUAACUCUCUCUCUCAAAUCCGCCUUUAAGGGUCCCAAGUUUUCAAAAGUUGACAAAGGUUAGCUUAUCUAAACAACACCCUUCAUGUGAAGCAAAGCGAUCACCAGUAUCUAUUCUAACAAGAUAAUAUAGCUGUAAAUUCACAUGUUACUUCAAAUGGUAUCUUGAUUUUCUUUUUGUUUGUAUGAUUCUGCAAAGCAACAUAGCCUUUCCCUUUCAUUUCCAUUACAGUGAUUUGGAGGUAUCUGCUCAAUUCCAGAAAUGUAUAGGAAAGAGUCUGGCAGAGUCACUGCUAACUGUUGUUUUUGGAGGAUUGAGCAGAAGAAAUGUGAAAGAAAAAUACUUUCAUCCUUGCUAUAGUCAGUCCUAUAGUUCUUGUGGAGCCAAACUGCAUUUUUUGUUCUUAGGCUAUGGGGUCAUUAGCACGAUCUCCUUUUCAAACUAUCCAAAUUGUCUGAUCAUUUAAUGCUUGAUUCGUUUUAUGUAAUGAGUAUUUGUGUGAUAGAGGUAACUUUUAUAGAAUAGAAUUUAAAGACAUUGCUUAAUACCACUUUAAGGAAAACAACAACAGACCAAUUCCCCAGAACACUUUGAGAAUUGUAUUUGAGAAGUAUUUGGAGCAUUUUAUUUGAGACUGGUUUCAUCUCUCUCCAGGAUUUGCAUAAGGGACAGUUGAUUCUUCCUGUGCAGAGGUACAAUGUAUGCAACAUCUAUUGAAAAUGAUCGUAACGAGCUCUUUUUUAUUGAUUUUGCAUGGUUGUCUUAACAUUAUGUACUAUUUUUAAGGUCACAUUGACUUGCCUCUCAUUUCUUCCUGUAGAAAUCAAGACAGGGGCUGGCUUCUUCUCUCCAUGUUCAUUUUGGAGAUUCCCAUCCUCGUGUCUUCUCUGCACCAUUCCAGUGCCCCUUUCUUCAAAAGUAAACGGCCAAACAUUCCCACAUUUUAGAGAACCAGCUUUGGUCAAGUUCCCAUUGAUUAUCUUCACAUUACACAAUGAUCCUUUUCGGUUUCACAGCUGUUCCCAGAGACAUGUAUGCAUCUUAUCAUAUGACUGUGGAUAAUGUCUAUGGAGGUCUGUUUUCAGUUACUGCUGAGGCUACAGAGCAUAAUGUACUCUUAAACUAGUCAACAUUUAAUCUUUUCAUUCAGUUGAGUUUGAUGAAACCUCAUUCAGUUCACUUGAAACCUCAACAUCUCAAGGCAAGCAGUACACUCAAAAUGAGUGGUGACAUACUUAAACUUUCUUCUAAAAAUAAAAACAACAGUUUGAGUAGAAGAAGAAAAAAAUAAGGCUGUGUGGUAAAGUAUUGCAUUGGAAUGCAUUUUUGCAAUCCUUGAACAUUCUCAAGCCUUCCAAUUUUUUCAGGUUAAAAGCUUGGCAGAAAAUUACCCCAAAUGACAUCAAAUCGUUUCAAAAACCAGCAGCCUUACAUUGUCAAUAUCCCAUGAUCGGUAAUGCUGGCAACUGCAGUUCAAGUGAUUUUUUUAUGAAGUCACAGCUUCUCCUUUAUAUAGGAAAGGUUAUUGGUGCCCUCAAUAUGAAAUUUUACUUUCAGAACCAGUUGUAUUCCAACUGAAUUUGUAAAGACCAUGAUUGCCUCAGGGUUCCUCCCUUUCUUCCAGUGCUUCCCAAGUGGGUUUUCAAAACUUUUCCCCACAAAUACAUCUAUUUAUCUUAGUGAGUUGACAAGGAAAGAGAAUGUCUUACAAUUUUGUGUAUUUACUUGGAAAUAAAUUCCAUUGAGUUCAGUGAUGUGUAUUUGCAAAGGUUUACAUAGAACUGGAGAACAGCUUUUUCUUAAUAACCAUACUUUACUAUUUUAAGAGUUCCUUCAUCCUCUUUCUAAAAGAGAAUACAGAAAAUUUUGAUCUGAUACUGUCUCCUAAUGUAGUUAACGAGAGUUGUAAACUGUUUGGUAACAGUUUAAAUCUACUUUUUCCUGGGAUUAGUGGUGUAGGGCCCCCCAGAAGUGGAAAUAACAUGGCCUUGAUGGUGUGAAGGCAGUCAUUCAAAAGAUUAAGUCUCUGUCCCACAGCCGGAGUACAAAUGCUUCAAAACAUUUCCCUACACAAAGCAUUUCCUAUAUCUAUCCUUGAACUAGAUAUCAGAAACUGCAGUGUAUGAUUUGAAGGGAAUGAUAUUUUCAUUGUUGUAGUCUUGUAGGGUACAUAUCUUUAGCAACAGUGGGAAGGUAGCAUGAUUGGAUGAAUGUUUAUAUUAAGAGAUACUUUUUCUGCACAUAGCAGUAAGGUUUAACACUUCUUCUAAAGUUGCUUGGGCACAAUUUGGAAAAUGAUUAGUUCUCUGCCUUUAAAAAAAACAUACUAUGAAGGUUGGACCUUGCCUUGUUGAAAUCAAAUAAUGUUAAGUUGGCUACAUUUUCAGCAAAUCUUCGAGGAAAUAACCAAAACUGAUCAUGAUUUAAUUCUGAGAUUGUGGAAGGUGACAUGGUGGAUUUUUGGAUGAUGGCCAGGUCAGGAAGGGGAGAAUGAUAACUAAGGCUCCCAUACGUUUAAACAAACACUUUUUGCUCUGCUGAAGCUUUUCUGCCAUAUGUCCUAGUCCUAUGAAAGGAGGGGUUUUUUGUUAGUGUGAGUAUUCUUAAUAUAGAAUAUCACUCAAGGCUAUUCAUCUCAUGUAGAUUAAAUUGGAACAGCUUUUUUGCCAACUCGCUUAUAUGUCUGAAAUACAUUUUAGCUUUGUCCAUUUCUCUUAAGACCAGCUUCAGAACUGUCUGCCCCUGAAUUUGGUAUAAUCAUUGUCUUCUUGACUAUUGGGUCUUUUUAAAUGAACAGUGUCAAAUCACAGUUUGAAUAUCAGCAAGCCAACAGCAGUGGCUGCCUCUUUUCUCUCCCUCCUGCCUUGCCCUAAAAGGCACGAGUAAUUGUUCAGUCUAAGUACAAAAAAUCAAUUUGGUUUCAUCAAAGAUGUAACUGUCCCUUAGAACUUUGGCGCAGUUGUUCGCAACGCUUCAACUUUUAACUGAAAAGGACCUAAUCGUUUCAAUCAAGAGUGAAAGGUAGAUACACAGUCUUGCUUUUAAAGUCUUACUUGAUGUAUGUUCCAUUAAAUUUAUUUCAAGCUACAGAUCUUUGAAUUAUAGAUGGGGACUUUUUCAUCAUGCAGUUUAGUGCAGGAGUUUCUAUGUUGGUCUGGCAUUUUAUUGGCAAAGCUUUAUUUCCCAGCUUGGAUAUGUUUGCCCUCUCUGUGUGCUCUGUUUCUGAGCAGCUGUAGAGACAGUAACCAUGAUAGUGCUCAAAAUUCAAUGUCUUUUCCCUGUCUCUUCCCCUUCCAUCAGUGUGAGAGAUAGUAACAUCUACCCCUCUGGUUUUAGCAAGAAGAAUAUUCAGUUUCUGCUUGAUUUGUAUGUUUGUCAUACUUCUCUGUAUAGAUGCCCCAUGGCUCUGUUCUUUCUCUUCUCGAAAGUUCAACACAUGGACCAUUUUGACCCUGAAAUUCACCACCUUCCCUCCAUUCAUAUCUUACAGUCUUACAUAGGACUUUAGGAUCCAUUGUGGUCUUUGCCCAGUCUCUUAAAACUUGCACCGUGUUUCUUAAACUUUCAUGACUUUUUGCCAUUCCUUUUCAGUCCCACUGAUUAAUAGCAUUACAAUUGUAUACUGUAUAGGGUCCUAGUGAACCAUUUAAAUCAUGUAUGAAAGUUCUCUGCAUAUUUUGGAAAGAUCAGAAAAGCUUGUGCAUUUCUCAAGAGUUCCCUCUGAAACCCCAGCAGUGGGAACACUCAAUUCAUUUGGAAAAUCAAAUUACAGACAAAGUCAGAAUAUUCUAAGUAGACGAGUGGACCACAGAUAAAGCCUCAUUGCACAUUUGGCUCUCCCACUGAAAUCAAGACAUUGGGUUACAGUGAGGAUUCUGGGAUUUGUAUAUGAAUGAUCUCCUUUCUCUGUGUGUUUGGCAUUUUGAUAGCACUCUGCUUGUAAGUUUCACUUUUUAAAGUCCCAUCUACAUCUGUUGCCUGGUAGCUUCCUCCAAAAGAAAUGGGCGAGAGAAAUGUCAGAGAGUUCUUUUGCUAGCCCAUAUCAAUGGAGGAGAGAAGGUGGAAUGUACCUUAAAACUUGGAAUAAAAUUAUCAAAUGGUAGUAAGACACCCCCAAUUAUGGCUUGACAUCUCACAUCUCUAUUUCCUAAUACAUAUGGUAAUUUUUCAUGUGUUUAUGAGUGCUUAGAAUGGGUCUCCCCAUGUGUAAAAUAGCAAAAGAGGGAGCAGUGCAGGAUUACAGACUGGUGAGAUUCACAGCAGCACUUUUUGGAUACCUUCUUGGCCAACCAUGCCACCAAAUUAUUUUUAAAAACUGAUGCUCCCACCACUAAAUAAUGAGGUAAAACUUAAUACUUGGAUUCUCAUUCAUCAGAGAGUGAGAGAUGCUUUUCUUCUUUGAACAAUUUGAACUAGAAGCAUAACAAAAUCCUGACUGUUCCUGUGCCCCAUUUCAUAUUCCGUAAAGUAUUUGAAAGAUGAAUCACCAUUGUAUGCUUUGCAUUGUAUAGGUGCAAAUUGAAAAAAUAUAUAGUUUUAGUAUAUAUUAAAGAAUUUCAUUCCUUAAUAUGUAUUAAAACUUGUUUUAUUUUCGCUGUGUAAAUGCUAAGCUAUUGAUAUCUCUUCAAACUUAAAAGUUUUGUUCUGUGGAAAAAGCAGCCUCAGGUUUAACAUGGUUGAGGUUGUAUAAAUGACCCUGCUUGGAGUAACUUAUUCUACUACCACCAUUAGGCGAUCCAUAGUUUUUGGCUAAGUCUUCAAAAGGAACAUAAUAUCAAGCAAUAUUUGCAAUAUAUUUCACAUCGCUGGUCUUGGGCCCACGUCUUCACGAACUUGGCAGCAGUAUUUGAUGCAAUGUGCCCAUGAUUCAUAUGUAUAUGCAUGUAUGAUUCAUAUGUAUCCAUAUGCUUGAUUCUCUUCCCAGUGAUGGAAGGCAUAGGUACACAUGCCUCUCUGCUCAAACCAUCUACAUUGCUUGUAGUGCCGUUUGUGUAGUCAUUUCUUCAUUUGUGGGAAACAAAUUGCACAAAAUCUGGUCUCGGGAAAUGUUCUGUGUAUGAUCCUUUUAGCUCCCUUUGAAACCUUUUGGUGCACCUUGAAUAGUUUAUCAAAGGAUUAUUGUUUUUAAUGUAGGAGUAUUUCCCUGUCUUGAAAACAGCUUUCAGAAUGAGACAUUGGAGGAUCUAUAUCAGGCAUGGGCAAAUUUGGAAUCUACCUCCAGGUGUUUUGGACUUCAACUCCCACAAUUUCUAAUAGCCUACCGGCUGUUUGGAAUUAUGAGAAUUGAAGUCCAAAAUACUUGGAGGGCCGAAGUUUGCCCAUGCCCGCAACUCCCAACAAACAUAUAUUGUAUAUUCCGGGAAGGCAUGGAUCUUCCAUUUCCUUUCAUUGGAGUAGACAACUGAAAAUCAACCUUCCCUUUCCAAAUGGGUCACACAGGAUAGGAUCUAUGCAGCAAUGCAGAGGGAAUGGUGUCUAUUUCCAUAUUGCUCUUUUGCAUCGUUUUCAAACGUUGCCUAAUGAAAGGAGGAGGGAAAAAAACGAACUUGGGGGAGAGAACUGGAAGCGUUAUCAGUGCUGUACAUAUAUUGGGUUAUUUUAUCAUUUCUCUCUUUCCGUUCCCCAAAACAGCCCCACAAAACUCACUUGCAUGAAAACAAAAAUUAGUACCUUGGGGGUGGAGAGUCCUUGUGCCCUUGGCGCUCAAAAACAAGUGGUUAAUUAACUGCAGUCGAACUAACAGCUGGUGUUUUUAGCUUUGCAGCACAUGACUGUUUAAAUACUGUAUUCCUUGUAAAUGAAGUUUUAAAAAAAUGUUACGGCUGGUGCCAAUAUUUUUGUUAAUGAAAUGUUCAAUGUCGUCUCACUACGGUCUGGUCGGAGCUCUUUGUGUAUAAGCUGGGCCUGCAGCCUUUUUAUAGCUCGGGGGCCUCCUUGUGUAACUUUUAUUUUUAUUUUCUUUCAUAAUGUUUUGUUUUUUGUUUAUAAUAUCUACUGUCAUUUCUUUCAUAUAAAUAUGACAUGUAAAUUGUCAUAAUAAAACAAACAAACAUUUAAAUAC